AUGGACUCCACUGCCAAUGGCAACCCUUGCUUUCCCUUGUUCGAAGAGGCCGUCUUUGUGGACCAUGAUUGCUUCCAGGACCUCGAAGAUCUGCCUGAUGGUGCCCAAGUGCCCCCUCACGAAAGUGGCGCUGGAGGCAAUCAUCCAACCCAAUUACCCGCAGAUGCCCUCGGCAGCGAUCCGACUUUCCCAGUGGCACAAGGAAUCUUUGGUCCUGCUCUUCCAACCACGCUCAACCCGCCGGCCUUCGGAAGUUACGGUGCCCAGGCCAAUUCAGAAGUUGCGUGGGCAUACACUACGGGGUUUCCAGGACCUUCCGGGGCCGACCAAGCCUUCUACAAUGUACCGAGCUUCGCACAGCAGCAUCACAUAUCCGACAAUGGCCCUACUGAGGACUUCUCUUUCCAUCCUGAUCUCAGUUGUACUACUCAUGCGGUGAACCAUAAUCCAGUCGACUGUUCUUGGGCUUUCGACUUCGAACAUCCUAAUUUCAUGGCGCCGGCUCCUUCGACGAGACUUCCUCAAGGUCGGCCAGCACCUAGCAUCUACUUGUCCAAAGACAUCCGCUAA